AUGGCGGGACCAGCAGAUGAAGACGUAGCAGAAGCAAGAAGGCAGCAAAGAAACGCGCGUACAAGGGCAAGGAGAGCGCAAGAGUCGGAACCUGAAGCUCAAGCACGUCGUGAGGCAGGUCGAGCUCGGGCGAGAAUCCGGAGGGGACAACACACCGAAUCUGAGGCUCAAGCGCGUCGCCAAACCGCCCGGGAACGUACUGCAGCACGAAGAGCAGCAGAGACUUCUGAGCAGCGCGAAGAGAGUCUUCGUCGAAACAGGGAGAGAACCAGGGCGCGCAGAGCCGGUCAAUCACGGACAGAGGGUCCCAGAGAGUCUCCAAAGCUCCGAGCAGCAACGGAACGUGCCAGAGCCUCGAAUCGAGCAUCUAUGCAACGCACGAGACAGGCUGAGAGCACUCCUGACCGCAUAACUCGAUUGGAGGCCUCUCGUGUCUCAAUGCAACAGAGAAGAGCUGACGCGACAACCCCAGAGAGACAUGAGCGUCAAGACUCAAACCGAAGAUCCACAGAAGCAGCUAGAGCGGAAGAAAAUACCCCCCUCCGAGAUGCACGGCGCGAAGCGGAUCGCAAUGCGACACGAGGAGCUAGAGCCGAGGAAAUUACUCCUGCUCGUGAGGCGCGGCGAGACCUUGACCGUCUAUCCACCCAACGAUCAAGGGAUGCACAAGACACACCGACUCGGAAUGCCCGGCAACGAUCCGACGGCCAGGCUCGAACGGCUUCUCGGCAGCUCUUCCCCCCACUACCCGAAUCCUCGCCUUCGUUUCGCGAUCUCGGCAUGGUCCAUAUUGAGUGUUCGCACUGCAAAGCUCUGCAUUUCGUCCAAGAACGCAUCGUGAGCAGCUCUGCCGCAAGGCCCAUGUUUUCCACAUGCUGUGCGAAGGGGAAGCUGUCACUGCCCCUUCUCACCGACCCGCCAGCUCUUCUGCGCUCUCUUCUCAUCGAUGAUACUCCAAGGGCCCGCCGCUUCCGUAAAAACAUUCGAGCAUACAAUUCAGCACUGUCUAUGGCGUCCGUGGUCGCCAAAUGGGUGAACAGAGGGCCCGGUACUUCUAAUUUUAACCCCACAAUGACGAUGCAGGGCGAGAUGUACCAUUACAUGGGUCCCAUGAUGCCAUCCGAGGGGCGGGCGCCUUCCUUUGCCUCCUUUUACAUUCACGACACUGACUACGGUACUCAAACGCGCACAAGGCUUGGCGGAGCCUCUACACGGCUGGAAGACACACUGUUAAUGCAACUGACGCACAUGCUGCACGAAUGCAACCCCUACGUGCAGACUGUUCUCAGUAUGCGAGAAUGGGCUCAAUCCCCUCAACCCAACACUCCAGCCCCGUACCAGAUGGUCAUCCAUGCCGACCGCAGGCCAAGUCAUGAGCACGUGCGCCGGUACAAUGGUCCCGAAGCUUCUGAAGUGGCAGCAUUGAUCCCUGGAAAUGAAGACGGAGAGAUUUGGCGAAGAGAUAUCGUCGUGCGCAGGCGAGGGACUCUGAACAGUAACGGGAACGAAGUGCUGGAUCCGAUUUCAGUCAGUCAUCGUGCAUACGAUCCGUUGAGUUACGUGCUUUUGUUCCCGAACGGUAGAGAUGGAUGGUAUCCAGAGCUUCGAUUCUCCAGUGAUGACGACGGCAGACGUACCAAGAUUACUCCGAUGAUGUACUACGGAUGGCAUUUGUUCGAAAGAGCAGGCGAGUUCAGCACAAUCUUGCACGCAGCGCGACUCUUUCAGCAAUAUUUGGUUGACCAGUUCUGCAAAGUGGAGGCAGAAAGGCUUUCGUAUCUCCGCCACAACCAGACACAGCUUCGAGCAGCCGACUACACCUCACUGCGCGACAGCCUAGGAGACUCCGGUCGUGCUGAAGAUGAAGCCGAUGCCGUGCGUGCGGGACGACUGUUCAUUCUCCCUUCCACGUACAUUGGAGGUGACCGCUACAUGAGGCAGCAGAUGCACGACAUCAUUGCUAUAUCGAACCAAAUUGGCCACCCGGACAUCUUCCUCACUAUGACAUGCAAUCCAAGCUGGCCGGAGAUCACAAGACCCCUACUGCCGAACCAAACGCCUCAGGACAGACCGGACCUGUGCGCACGUGUGUUUCGUCUGAAAAUGAAAGAUCUCAUUUCCUUGGUCAUCAACGAGGAAGUAUUCGGAACCGUCGUUGCCCAU